UCUCACACUGUCUCUCUGUUUCUCUUCAUCUGAGCCCAAGCUCUCUUGUAUCUCUCACUUCUCUAUAUUUCUCAGCAGACCCCUCUGAAUAUCUCACAUUUUCUCAUAGUUUCUCUCUCGGUCUACAUCCGACACGUGACACACCUCGUAUCUUGCACUUUCCCUCUCUAUCCGGUGAUGGCCUCUCUGAAUGGACGGACGUUCGAGACUACACAGGAUAUCUGUCGCAAGUGGCGCGCGCCCACCAAGUCCAAUUUGAACUUUAUGCGAUAUCUACGAGGCUCCCUCAUUUUUUCAAGGAACACUACCAGUGUUGAAAUCGAGAAUGAAGGAAACAUCAUGGAGGUUGAAUACACCAAGGAUGGCUCAGUCGACAGGAGUGGCCGGUCUGCAACCAAGCGAUACACUGGGGGCUUGGUGUCCGGGAUUCUAAUACUUUUUAAUCAAGGAUUAGCAACAUUAGCCUUCUUUGGAGUAGGAGUGAACCUAGUGCUAUUUUUAACUAGAGUCUUACAGCAAAGCAACGCUGAGGCAGCGAACAACGUGAGCAAAUGGACAGGAACAGUUUACCUCUUCUCUCUCGUAGGAGCAUUUCUAAGCGAUUCUUAUUGGGGACGGUACAAAACAUGUACAAUUUUUCAGAUCAUUUUUGUUGCGGGAUUGGUGCUUCUGUCUCUAACCUCAUCCAUGUUAUUGAUCACACCCGCCGGAUGCGGGGACCACUUCACCCCUUGCCGGACACCCUCGACACUGGGUGAGGCCCUAUUUUACCUCUCAAUUUACCUGAUUGCCCUUGGAAAUGGGGGAUACCAGCCCACUAUAGCAACCUUUGGAGCCGACCAAUUUGAUGGGGAGGACUCUAGGGAAAGGCACUCUAAGAAAGCCUUCUUCAGUUACUUCUAUCUUGCUCUAAAUUUAGGGUCCCUAUUCUCUAACACUAUAUUGGUCUAUUUUGAGGAUAUGGGUAUGUGGAACAUGGGAUUUUGGGUCUCUUCCUCUUCAGCUUUAUUGGCUUUGGUCCUCUUCUUAGCUGGGACUAAAAGGUAUAGGCAUUUUAAGCCUAGUGGGAACCCGCUGCCACGUGUUGCACAGGUGUUGGUCGCUGCGGUUCGCAAAUGGGAGGUGGCGGCCCCCACUAAUGGAGAAGACCUCUAUGAGCUUGAUGGCAAGGAGUCUAUCAUAGGGAGCAAGAAGAUCUUGCAUAGUGACCAGUAUAGGUUCCUUGACAAGGCGGCAACGAUAACGGAGGCCGACGGUCAUUUCCACAGCGCCAAGCACCCAGACCCUUGGCACCUGUGCACCGUGACCCAAGUCGAGGAGGUGAAGUCGGUUCUCCGUCUCCUACCUAUCUGGCUCUGCACAAUCAUGUACUCGGUCGCCUUCACACAGAUGGCCUCUCUUUUUGUCGAACAGGGCGACAAAAUGUCCACAGGCACCCACUUCCGCAUACCUGCGGCCAGCAUGUCUGCCUUCGACAUCAUCAGUGUGGCCUUUCAUAUCCUUCUCUAUCGUAGGGUCCUCACCCCUCUGUUCUCAAGAGAAAAUUACCGGGGCCUCUCGGAGUUGGUUCGCAUGGGCAUUGGCCUCGCAUUGGCCGCACUGGCUAUGAUUGCUGCGGGGCUUGUAGAGUGGUGCCGCCUCACACGUGUACCACAAUCAACGAGCAUCUUCUGGCAGGUGCCUCAAUACUGCAUAGUAGGUGCAUCCGAGGUGUUCAUGUAUGUAGGGCAACUUGAAUUCUUCAGCAGACAGGCACCCGCAGGACUGAAGAGCUUCGGGAGUGCGCUGUGCAUGGCGUCGAUCUCAUUUGGGAAUUACAUGAGCAGCAUUUUGGUGGCAGUGGUGGCAAAGAUCACAGGAGGUAGGAACAGGCCCGGAUGGAUUGCGGAGGAAUUGGACGAUGGGAGGCUUGACAGGUUUUUCUUUUUGGUGGCGGCAAUGGUCACGGCAGAUCUGGUGUUGUAUGUAGUGUUGGCGAGGAGAUAUAAGUAUAUGGAAGUGGAGGAGGAGAGAGAGGAGGAUGAGGAAGAGAUGCUCGGCAGGGUCAGGGCAAGUUGAGGUCUCUCUCAUAUAUUUAGCUGAUCUGGUAAAUAUAUGAAGUAAGUAAGAAAAUACAAAGGACGGAAACAGCUUCUUCUUUCGGAUUUCGAGCCAUUUCACCAUAUCCACUAUCGAGGAGAUAGUGACUGGUUCCUCCACUCACUCUGAUAUGUUCCGAGGAUGAAGGCUAGUGGUGAUCUUGUUCCGGGAUGCAACCAAGCCUACCAUUGCCAAGGAAGACUAUUGUGAUGACUUCUCAUCAUAUCUGCAUGUUUAGAUAUCAAUUCUAAGUACCCAUGUCACUUUGGGAUAUAUAACUAGUGAAAGGACUCAUGUGAUCUAGAUGGUAGUAUGUAAUAAUUUUUUCAGUUU